AUGUCUCGGUCCAGUGGAACAACUCUAUACGUUACAGGCUUCGGCCACGGUACUCGAGCGCGCGAUCUAGCCUACGAAUUCGAACGAUACGGUCGCCUUGUUCGUUGUGACAUUCCAGCUCCACGGACCCCAUCGAGUCGCCUUUUUGCCUUCGUCGAGUAUGAGAGCCGCCGCGAUGCCGACGAUGCCUAUCACGAGAUGCACAACAAGCGCAUCGGACGUGAUGACUUACUGAAAGUUGAGUGGGCGCGUACCCCGCCGUCGGCAUCUUGGCGGUUUGAUUCUGGCCGUGAUCGCCGUCGUGACCGUACCCCUCCUCGUCGUGGACGCUCGCCAUCUCCUCGCCGCGGCCGUGGUGACUAUUCGCCGCGCAGGGAUGACCGGCGUGACAGAGACUAUGAUCGGCGCGACCGUGAUCGAGACCGUGACCGUGACCGCGAUCGCGACCGCGACCGCGACCGUGACCGUGAACGCGACCGUGAACGCGACCGUGACCGAUCUCGAAGCCCUGAUGAUCGUGAUAGGGAUCUUAAGGAGGAUCGUGAUAGACAUGAUGACAGAGACAGGCGUGACGAUGAUCGUGAAAACGCCGCCAAUGGCGAUGACAGGAAAGUUCCCUUGGACCCACUCACUUCUGCUCAUGAUGAGCUUGAUACUGCUGAGUAG